CUGUUCCUUUCUUCUCUCCUAUUCUGCAAGGUUUCAUCUAGCUUCCCCCCUCUUAUUAAGUUAUCUAGCCUAUUACUUAUAUACAACCACCCUAUUGUAUUAUCGCGGGUGCGCCAAAGAAGAAAGCUUCUGUCACAACAUGCCGAAUCAUGCCAUGAUUUGACCGCCCGAGCUCCAGUCCAAGACUCCAUAUACGCUUUUGCUUUGAGUGCGAGCGAGCCCGGCGCCACCAUGGAGCACACAAUGCGACCUGUCAUGGCCACUACUGCGUGCUCCUCCGUUCAGACGCAUGUGGCCGUGCACAAAACCUGUUCACCGAGUCUGCUAUCUCGCACCCAAGCUCCAGCUCAUCGCCACGACCAUCGCGAUGGGGUUGCAGCCGCAUCGGUCUGGAACUAGGCAUCAGCUUGUCAUGCAACUCGCACACACACCACCUUGUCGCGAUAGUCGCAGCAGCAGUGCUCCAAUAUCAAGAUAAGGCUGGCACGUCUGCUCAAAGCUUACCCACCUCCACAAAGCAUCCCGCUGCUGCAAUCUCUUCCGUCUCCCCGAUGUGGCUUGCUCUUAUUACAAGCUCGUAUCGUACUGUAUGUGCUGUAGUGUCUAAACAUUUACACACAGGCACGGCACAACGUGACUGGCUGGCGACUGACACAAAACCUAAACUCUGGCCAGCGCCUCUUGUUCCCGCUGCCCGUUGUGGCACGUUCCUGUCGUAACCGUCGUACGCCUAUUACACAAUCGAUGGCGUGAGGACCCCAGGCACUCUGCACUCAGCCAUUAAUUACACAUCUUACAUCUGGUUGGGGAAAAACAAGGGGGGGCAUGCCAGACAUUUUGGCGGCUAAUACUUGUUCCAUACACUGCAAGCAUCCAUCAUUGACUGCUCCGGCGAUGGGAUAAUUGGCACGGAUGAGUCAAGGCUCCGAACGGCCAGCUGCAGUUGGAAAAUGCAACCAAGCCCACGCCAAGCCCAGCCCAGCCUAUAGACUCAAUUCCCCCCGAUCUCACCCGCCUAUUCGUUCGUCUAUUCAAAAAGAGCUCAUCCAUAUUGAUUCGAUACUUUUGAAUUGCUGCCUCCAGAGUGGCUUGUCCAAGUACUCACGCCAUGCCCAACCGAUGCAAGCUCUCCGAGUUUACAAAUAGUUAUACCAAACGCUUAUGCUAAGACACAGUAACAAUAAUCUGAUGGAGUAAAUCUCGGCAAGCUAAACCGGAACAGCGGGCAUUUUUUGUUCUUUCCUUCUUUCUUAUGGUUUCUUCCGCUUCCCCCAACACCCCACCAGCUUUUUGAGUGCGCGCUGCCGCAGCCAUUUUAAAUUAGGCCCGUCACCUCAUCGCAUCGCUGUGCGUUGGCGUCUUAUAUAGCGGGCAGAAGCGGUGAAAGUUGGCCCUACAAUAGUGCUGAGGGUAUGAUGCGUAAAAUCGCACAUCUUAAUUCACUGUAAUGAGAAGAGUUACUAGAUGACCCAUCUCACAUGAAAAGACACGCAUGGUUUAAGCAGACAGCAUCAUGACCGGGAGUUUUCGCAACUCUCAACUCAAGGUAAAGAAGCCACCUUAUCGAUAAACACAUUAUGUAAGCAAACCUGCCGGGAAUGGAAAUUUUGCUCCUCUCUCAAGUCCCCAAUUCAAAAUCGCAUCUCCAAAGCCGCAGCCCUGUGACGACAUC